GCCUCUUCCAGCCCACAGUCACCCUAUCAGUCUAUUCUUUACCCACUAUCAGUGACCACCUACCAUCUCUACAAACACACAGUGGUGGCACCAGGCUGUCAGGUGGACUCGGCUGCACAUGUCUUAGUACGGACUGGAGACCCUUAGUGUACUGUACAAUUGGAUUGGCUAUAAUGUAAAGAAGCAGAAUCCAAAAGGAUUUUAGUGCAAAGAGGAGAUACGUUGUUUUUUUAUUGGAUUUGGGAAACAACAAGUUGACAGUCCAGGAUGCCUGCUGGAUCAGUGAAAUUAUACAGCAUCAAAAAGCUGGGAGAAGAAAACAAUGGUUUUGAUGAAGAACCGAACGACGCAUUCAUGAUGAUGGGGAACCCGAAACAGGACACAAAGUCUCCAAACAAGAAGAAGGAAGCUGCUAUCAGGAUUGGCUUCUUUCAGCUGUUCCGUUUCGCCACAUGCCGGGAGACCCUGAUGAUGGUGGGGGGUAGUGUGUGUGCCUUCCUCCACGGUUCCGCCCAGCCUCUCAUGCUGCUGGUGUUCGGGAUGCUCACCGACACCUUCAUCGAGUACGACAUUGAGUUACAGGAGCUCCUGGACCCCAGGAAGGAAUGUAUCAACAACACCAUACAGUGGAAGAACCAGUCAGCAUGGACAGACUGGCUGGACAGCAAUAACACUGAUAAGAUGAAGAAUUUAACAUGCGGGCUUCUGGACAUUGAGUAUGAGAUGACCAAUUUUGCUUACUAUUACGUUGCCAUUGGAUGCGCAGUUUUCUUGCUAGGAUACCUUCAAAUCUCGUUGUGGGUGACGUCUGCAGCGCGACAGAUCCAGAUCAUCAGAAAGAUGUACUUCAGGAAGGUGAUGAGGAUGGAGAUCGGCUGGUUCGACUGCAACUCGACUGGAGAGUUAAACACACGCAUGUCAGAUGACAUCAACAAGAUCAAUGACGCCAUUGCAGAUCAAGUGAGCAUCUUUAUCCAGCGCUUCACCACCUUCGUGUGCGGUUUUGCGAUGGGCUUUGUGAAGGGAUGGAAGUUAACGCUCGUCAUCAUCGCAGCCAGCCCUCUAAUUGGAGUUGGGGCCGCCCUCAUGGCUCUGUUUGUGGCCAAGCUGACGGGUCAGGAGCUGCAGGCCUAUGCUAAGGCUGGAGCCGUGGCCGACGAGGUGCUCACCUCCAUCAGAACAGUGGCUGCUUUCGGAGGAGAGCUAAAGGAAGUGGAAAGGUAUGACAAGAACCUGAUCUCAGCUCAGCGUUGGGGCAUCAGGAAGGGCCUGAUCAUGGGCUUCUUCACAGGCUACAUGUGGUUUAUCAUCUUCCUGUGUUACGCCCUGGCCUUCUGGUACGGAUCCAGCCUAGUGGUGGACACACAGGAGUACAGCCCCGGAACACUGUUACAGGUUUUCUUUGGUGUGCUGAUAGCAGCCCUGAACUUAGGGCAGGCAUCUCCAUGUCUGGAGGCAUUUGCUGCAGGAAGAGGAGCUGCUACCAUCAUCUUUGAGACCAUCGACAGGGAGCCGGACAUCGACUGCUUCUCAGAAGCAGGGUACAAACUGGACAAGGUCAAAGGGGACAUUGAGUUCCAUAACGUCACCUUUCACUACCCAUCCAGACCUGAAGUCAUGAUCCUGGACAAGCUGAGUAUAGCAGUGAAUUCUGGCGAGACGACCGCCUUUGUGGGGCCCAGUGGAGCUGGGAAGAGUACCGCCGUGCAGCUCAUCCAACGUUUCUAUGACCCCAAGGAGGGCAUGGUGACCUUGGAUGGCCAUGACAUCAGAGGCCUGAACAUCCAAUGGCUACGCUCGUUGAUGGGCGUCGUGGAGCAGGAGCCUGUGCUGUUUGCCACAACCAUCGCCGAGAACAUCCGCUACGGUCGCCCCGGAGUCAACCUGGAUGACAUCAUCCACGCCACCAAGGAGGCUAAUGCCUACAACUUUAUCAUGGACCUACCACAGAAAUUUGACACGCUGGUGGGAGAGGGUGGAGGUCAGAUGAGCGGCGGUCAGAAGCAGCGUAUCGCCAUCGCCCGGGCCUUGGUCAGGAACCCCCGGAUCCUACUGCUGGACAUGGCCACCUCCGCUCUGGACAAUGAGAGUGAGGCUGUGGUACAGGAGGCACUGGACAAAGUACGCAAUGGCCGGACCACCAUCUCCAUAGCCCAUCGCCUGUCCACCAUUAAGAACGCGGACGUGAUCGUGGGCUACGAGCAUGGGCGGGCGGUGGAGAGGGGCAAGCAUGAUGAGCUGCUGGAGAGGAAGGGUGUUUACUUCACUCUGGUCACCCUACAAAGCCAAGGAGACAAGGCUCUCAACCAGAAGGCCAGACAGAUGGCGGGGAAUGAUGAGCCAGAGCAGAAGAGUUUAUCCAGGGCCGGGAGUUACAGGGCCAGUCUCAGAUCCUCUAUCAGGAAGAGGACCCGCUCACAGCUGUCCAACCUCAUUCCAGAAGCAGAAUCCUUCAUAUCUCAGGCAGACGCUGGCAAGAGUGCCUUUGUGGAGGAGGAAGAGGUGGAGGAGCAAGUUGAGCCUGCUCCAGUGACCAGGAUCCUGAAGUACAAUGCCCCUGAAUGGCCCUACAUGCUGUUUGGAACCAUCGGAGCUGCUGUCAACGGAGGAGUCAACCCAGUGUACUCUCUGCUCUUCAGUCAGAUUCUGGCAACAUUCUCCAUACCAGACCCAGAGGCUCAGAGGAGGGAGAUCAAUGGCAUCUGCAUGUUCUUUGUGCUGGUCGGAGUGACUUCCUUCAUCACCCAGAUGCUCCAAGGCUAUGCCUUCUCUAAGUCUGGGGAGCUGCUGACAAGGCGCUUGAGGAGGAUGGGUUUCCACGCCAUGUUGGGUCAGGAGGUGGGCUGGUUUGAUGACCACAGGAACAGCCCCGGGGCUCUGACCACACGGCUGGCCACUGAUGCUUCCCAGGUCCAAGGGGCCACUGGCUCUCAGAUCGGAAUGAUCGUUAACUCUCUGACCAACAUUGGCGUUGCCGUCAUCAUUUCCUUCUACUUCAGCUGGAAGCUCAGCCUGGUCAUCCUGUGCUUCCUGCCAUUCCUGGCUUUGUCCGGAGGCUUCCAGGCUAAGAUGCUCACUGGCUUCGCCAAGCAGGACAAACAGGCCAUGGAGGAUGCAGGACGGAUCUCUGGCGAGGCCCUGAACAACAUCCGCACCAUCGCGGGGCUGGGGAAGGAACAGCGCUUUGUGGAGAUGUACGAGGCUCACCUGGAGGCUCCGUACCGGGCCGCCAAGCAGAAGGCAAAGGUGUACGGCGCCUGCUACGGCUUCGCCCAGUGUGUCAUCUUCAUGGCCAACAGCGCCUCCUACAGGUUUGGAGGGUACCUGGUGCGCCAGGAGGGCCUCCACUUCAGCCUGGUCUUCAGAGUGAUCUCAGCCAUAGUGACCAGUGGCACAGCGCUGGGCCGAGCCUCUUCCUACACCCCAGAUUACGCCAAAGCCAAGAUCUCAGCUGCCCGUUUUUUCCAGCUCCUCGACCGUGUGCCAAAGAUCCGCGUCUACAGCAACGAGGGGGACAAAUGGCCUGAUUUCAGAGGGAACUUAGAGUUCAUUGACUGUAAGUUCACGUACCCGACCCGGCCAGACAUCCAGGUGCUGAACGGCCUCAACGUGUCGGUAAAGCCCGGCCAAACACUGGCCUUCGUGGGCAGCAGCGGCUGUGGGAAGAGCACCAGCGUCCAGCUACUGGAGAGAUUCUAUGACCCCGACCAGGGCAAAGUGAUUAUUGAUGGCCAUGACUCAACUCAGGUCAACGUCUCGUACCUGCGCUCCAAGAUCGGCAUCGUAUCCCAGGAGCCCAUUCUGUUUGACUGCAGCAUUGGAGACAACAUCAAGUACGGAGACAACCUGCGCGAAGUCAGCAUGAAUGACAUCAUCUCCGCAUCCAAGAAAGCCCAGCUCCACGACUUUGUCAUGACACUACCUGAGAAAUAUGACACCAACGUAGGUUCCCAGGGCUCCCAGCUCUCUCGGGGACAGAAGCAGCGCAUAGCAAUCGCCAGGGCGAUCAUCCGCGACCCUAAGAUCCUGCUACUGGACGAAGCCACUUCAGCCCUGGACACGGAGAGCGAGAAGACGGUGCAAGAGGCGCUGGAUAAAGCGAGGGAGGGCCGAACCUGCAUCGUCAUCGCCCACCGUCUCUCCACCAUCCAGAACUCUGACAUCAUCGCCGUUAUGUCCAGGGGCUUCGUCAUCGAACAGGGACCACAUGACCAGCUCAUGGCUCUCAAAGGGGCCUAUUACAAACUUGUCACCACCGGUGCACCAAUCAGCUAACUCCUCAGGGUUAUAGGAGCCAAACCAGGAAAUGCCUGUUCAGGUUAUCACACCAGGUCAUAUAGUAUUUAUUUUGCAGAAGGAAUCCGGUCAAUCGUCACACAUUCUUUAGUUUUAAUUGGUCAUGCUGUGUAUUCAUUCGUUGUCGUUACAUUUAAACAGAACUAUGGCUGGUAUGCAUUCAUUACUUGUACAUACUGUGGUGUACAACAUGAAGGAUUAGUUCAAUGACUUUGUUGAAGACAUGUAUUCAAGGUGGGCUUUACGGGGUUCAUAAUUCUGCUCUAUUCAUGGUCUUACAUUGACACAGGUCAGUGUUAAGUCUGAGACAUACUGCAGGUCCGAGUGGCUACCUUUUGUAUAUUUGACUUUUGACUUUUUUUUUGUAAUUAACUGUAUUGCAUAAGAAUAAAUUGAAUCCAAAUAUCUACA